ACUGCUCAAAAUCUUAGUACACUAAAUCAAUAGUAGUACGCUCGAGUGCACGCCUCCACUUUGGGCUUCACCUAGGUCAUUACCCCCGGACAGUUCCCCAACUAUCGUCAGAAAACAAACACGAGGCCGCCCUGAAUGAAACCCUAGCCCUAAUUAAACCCCCUUCUCUAUUAACUUUACUUCUUUAAUUUAUUAAAACACACCACAAUGGCGGACAAGAAAGAACUAACCCCUCUCUCCACCUCUCUCUCAAAACUCUCCGGCUCAUUACGCGGCAUCUCCACCGACAAAGACUUCCAUUUUUACAACAACUUCGACGCAUUCAAGCUCCCCGUCGCAGAAAUCUCAUCCGCUUCGCAGUUAAUGCUCGACGCAAUCGCAGCUAACUCGUCGCAGUUGUUCGGGAAGCAAUUAGGUUUAGAUGACGACGACGACGAUGACGCGUACGAUUGGCUGGUGAAUGUGAAUGAUGAGGUGUUUGAGAGGCUUGAUUCCGCGAUUGAUGAGUUUGAGACGCUGAGGAAGAGUGGGAAGGCGGUGAAUGUGAGGGCGGAGAAUGGAGGAGGUGAGGAUUUGAGCUUGUCGGAGGUGAAGGUAGCGAAGAAAGACGACAAGGUGUUGGGAGCGAGGCCGAAGAUUCCGUUUCAUAUACCGUCGAUUGUGAAGCCGCAGAAGCAGUAUAGGAUACUGGUUAAUAACUCGAAAGAGCCGUUUCAGCAUGUUUGGUUGCAGAGGAGUGAGGACGGUUCAAGGUUCAUUCAUCCAUUGGAGAAGUUUUCGCCCUUGGAUUUUGCUGAUAAAAAUGUGAGUACUGUGGAGUCUGUGAAACCACUUCCGGUGGACUUCACAACAUACACUCUUGUGGAGAACCUUGAUGAUUUGAAAGAACUAGCUGCAAAAUUACGUUGUGCUGAUGAGUUUGCGGUUGAUCUGGAACAUAAUCAGUAUCGAUCUUAUCAAGGACUUACUUGCUUAAUGCAAAUAUCUACUAGGACCGAGGAUUUUGUUGUUGACACACUAAAGCUUCGCAUUUAUAUUGGUCCACAUCUAAGAGAACUUUUCAAAGACCCUAGUAAGAAAAAGGUCAUGCAUGGAGCAGAUCGGGAUAUUAUGUGGCUGCAAAGGGAUUUUGGAAUAUACGUAUGCAAUAUGUUCGACACUGGACAGGCCUCGAGGGUUUUGAAGUUGGAGAGAAAUAGUCUGGAGUAUCUUCUGAAUCACUACUGUGAAGUUGCAGCCAACAAAGAAUACCAGAAUGCAGACUGGAGACUGCGUCCGCUUACAGAUGACAUGCUAAGGUAUGCCAGAGAAGAUACGCACUAUCUGCUGUAUAUCUAUGAUUUGAUGAAAAUUGAGUUGCUCUCACUGUCCACUGGAUCUGAGAGCUCUGAUGGCUCUCUUGUAGAGGUAUACCAGCGGAGCUAUGAUAUCUGCAUGCAGCUAUAUGAGAAAGAUGUCCCGACUGAUAGUACACUGCUCCACAUAUAUGGGAUACAGAGCGCUGACCUUAAUGCUCAGCAACUUGCAGUAGCUGCAGGGCUUUCUGAAUGGAGGGAUGUUGUUGCUCGUGCUGAAGAUGAAAGUACUGGUUUUAUAUUGCCAAACAAAACACUUCUCGAAAUAGCUAAACAGAUGCCUACCACCACUAGCAUGUUACGACGAGCUGUAAAGUCAAGACACCAUUAUAUCGACCGCAAUCUUGGUUCUGUUGUUAGCAUCAUUAGGAAUUCAAUGCAAAAUGCAGCCGCUUAUGAAACUAUUGCUGAAAAACUAAAGGAGGAUCGCCAAAAGGCAAUAUCUGAUGGAAAGUCGGUUGUCGCUGAUGGGCCUGAACCUUUGUCUAAUCAAGCUGUACCCGAUACUUCUGAUUCUGUGCAAAACGAGAAUAUAUUGGAGAUUGCAACUAGUACUAGUCAGGUGAAAAGAAGUGAGCAUCAGGGCUCUUCUGAUCACGCAACGGAUAAUCUGAAUACACAAAAUGAUAAAGGUGGCAGUGUACCUGCACUUCCAAGAAAUACCUUUAAUAUGUCAAACCAGAUCAGAGAGGGACUUGGGAAUGAAGCAACUAUUCAGGUGCUUAAAAAACCUAAUCGUGGUUUUGGGGCAUUACUUGGGAAUCCUAAGAGGAAACAUGAUCCUGAGAAAGUGGAAAGCAAAGAGGCUAAGUUGGAGCAGAUUAGGUCUUCUGUGAACCUUCCAUUCCAUGCAUUCUCGGGCAAAGUCGAAACAUUGCAACCAGUUGAAGAAUCUGCUAAACCACCCCAGAGUUUGUGUCAUAAAGAACCUGUUGCUUUGUCGGCUGCUAAGUCGCAGGGGCAAGAUAUUUUAGUGAUAGAAGAUGGGUCAGAUGAUGAUAUGCUUGAUGAGGAUCCAAAAUUUGCAGAUGAUAAACUGGAGCAGACUGAAGGCAACACCCCAGCUGAUAUACCUAACAGUCCCGAAUCAGAUGAGGAGCUACUUAAUGUUGAUGAUCCGAAGUUGAUGGAUAAUAAGUUAGAGCAAACUGAAGGCAGUGUUGUACUAUCUAAUAACCGCCCUGUGCUCGAUAUCAUAAUGUUGGAUGACGACUCCGAUGAGGAGACGGUGAAAGAUACUCCGAAUUCCAUAAGUGAUGAAUUUCUGCAGGAUAAAGUAAGCACUCCUUUGUCUUGUAACGAGAAAGAUGAGACGAUGUCUUUCUCCGACCCGUCUUCUGGACAUCUCCAAACCUCAAAUGGACCGGGAAAAACCAAGGCAGUUAAGAAUUCGCAAGAGCAAGGACCUAGUAGCCCACUCCAGAUAAAACCAUUCGACUAUGAAGCUGCUAGAAAAGAAGUUCAUUUUGGAGAAGAUCGCAGGAGAAACGGUGGUGAUGAAGGUGAGAAGAAUAAGCGUGAUAAAGGUAAUAGAAAAAAGAAUGCAGGUAAAGGUCAGUCGGAGGGAGGUGAAGAGAGUGGAGGCUUUCAGUUGGGUAGAAGACGCCAAGCCUUUCCAGUGACUGGGAACCGAAGUGCAACUUUCCGUUGAUUUAGCAGUUUUGUAAAUGAUUGUUGGUGCUAAUAGAGCAAGGAAAUGUUACAUUUCUAUUUUGUUGUAAAUUGUAAAAUAUAAGUUCAACUUAAGAGCAACUGAAAUGAUAAUCCUAGACCCUGAACUUUAUAUAUUCCCAAGUUGAUUUUGUUUGCUA